AUGGCGCAACCGGUGCUCCCCUUCAAGGACAUUAAUCUGCAUUCCUCGCCAUCGCACUAUGCAUUCACUUCACCCUCUACUCCCAACGCCCCGACAUUGGUGGUGGAGCGACCAAAUGGCGAUUUGCGUCUCAAUGAUGGCACUCUCCUCGGCACGAAACGAGUGUCGAGCAUUGCCGGGAUUCUGGGAAUGAUCAAGCUGAAGCUAGUCAUCACCAAGGCGCAACCCAUGGGUCGUCUCCAGGGCCACAUGGUGUAUAAAGUUGUCGCGACGGAAUUUCUACCUCUUCGAGAGCGCCCACUACACGACACGGACGAAGACACCUAUCUUUCAUUAUUGAAAGACUUGAUCCGAACCGGACCCAUGUACUUUUCUUAUUCUCUCGACCUCACCAACAGCUUCCAAAGGCAAUCGCAGAGUGACCCGAGUUACCCCCUGUGGAAACGAGCCGACGACCGCUUUUAUUGGAAUCGGUUUAUCCAGUCGGAUCUCAUUGACUUCCGUGUUGGUACUGUUGACACAACUGGUUCACGGUACAGCCAGCAGCCCGGUGUUGAUCCAUAUAUCUUGCCUGUUAUCUUUGGCAUGCUACGCAUCACCCCCGCCAGAGUCAAGAAUACUUCGUUUACUUUCGCUUUGAUUACACGGAGGUCAAGGUUUAGAGGCGGGACUCGCUACUUCUCUCGUGGUAUUGAUGAUAAUGGGAAUGUGUCCAAUUAUAAUGAGACGGAGCAAAUUGUGAUCCUGAACGAUUCCACUGGUGGCUUGACUGGUUUCGCUGGAGGUCAAGCAUUGCCGAACGGAAAACUUGAAGAGCCAGGCCGAGAUUUGGAGGUAUUUUCGUUUGUCCAGACCAGAGGCAGUGUACCUGUUUUUUGGUCUGAGGUGAACAGUCUUCGUUACACCCCGAAGCUACAGGUCAGGGGUGUAGAGACGGCUGUUGAAGCCGCGCAAAAACAUUUCUCUCAGCAAAUUAGGAUUUACGGGGAAAAUUAUUUGGUCAACUUGGUGAACCAAAAAGGCAGAGAAGAGCGGGUCAAGAAGGCCUAUGAACAAAUGGUCCGUACUUUGCUGUCAUCUCCAGGAGAGGCUUCCGAGAAGGAUCUACCACAUACCGAUGAGAAAGUACGCAUUGUGGAAUCCGAGGAAAGAAGGGAGCUCUUGGAUCGUAUACACUAUAUUUAUUUCGACUUCCACAAUGAGACCAAGGGUCUUAAAUGGCACCGAGCACAACUGCUCCUAGAUCAGCUUACAGAUGGGCUCAUGCGCGGGCAAUAUUUCCGAGGUGUUGAAAAGCCCGGUGAUUCCCACGGACCUUUGGAUAUUCGCACUCAACAGGGAAGUGUUGUACGGACAAAUUGCAUGGACUGUCUUGACCGUACGAAUGUUGUUCAGAGUAUGUUAGGUCGUUGGACAAUCAGCCGUCAAUUAAUGGACGCUGGCGUUCUGCGCCCAGGGGAGUCAGCAAGCGACGAUGCUGAAUUUGAAAAUAUAUUCCGUAAUAUAUGGGCCGACAAUGCCGAUGUCGUUUCACGAGCGUAUUCCGGAACUGGAGCUCUGAAGACAGACUUCACGCGAACAGGCGAACGCACUCGCGCCGGAAUGUUGCAAGAUUUUUCGAAUUCGGUCACCCGUUAUAUUCGCAAUAAUUUCAUGGAUGGUCCCCGGCAAGAUGGGUUUGACUUGUUUUUGGGUGCUUAUCUACCGCAAGACUCGGCGUUGGGGAGCUUGUUACUCUUCAUUGAUCGCAGACCCGUCAUCAUACAAUCGAUCCCAUACGUGUUGGCAGCGAGCGUAUUUAUGGUGCUGGUUGCUAUUUUCACGCGCCGCCUGCCUGAUGCUGCAGUAUGGCCAUUAAGGAUUUUCACUCUUUUCUGGAUCAUCGUUGGUGCAUGGUGCUUACACUUCAUAUUUGGCCAUGGAAUGCUCUACGUCAACUGGCCCAAGCUCAAUACACCAACUGCUGCUUCAGAAGGUUAUCAAGAUGCUCUGACUCAUGCUCGAUCAGACAAGGUCAUUGGGCGUUUCUUACUCAGUAAACGACACCAGCGCGGUUACAGCAAUGCCCGCUUGGGCUUUAUGGAAGAAGGCAAAAAGAGGCUUGAAUAG